AUGCCUCCCGAGCCAGAGAAGGCCGGCAUGGACGAGAUUUCCGGCCGCGGACACCGCGAGAAGAAGCCGAGCGAGAAAGUCAAGGAGCAAGUCUCGGGCAAGAUUGACAAGAUCGAAGAUGAGAAGCUGGUAGUGCUUCCCACGUACAUUGCACCCAAUGACCCCAAAUUCCUGCAAGAUCAAAAGGAGAUCCCGAAGUUUUUGGAUCACACCAAGGUCUCUCCAAAUGGCGACAAGAUUGACUUCUGCACACUAGGCACACAUGUCGAGAGCAAGGAGAAGCGGUACUACAUCCGCGCCAAACGAGAUCCGGAAACAUUCUAUUUCCAUGCCGACGAAGCCCCCCCACAUUACGCCCGUCUGAGCGACGAGAACCAUCCUCAAUGCGGCGUCGAGAACCUGAAGAAUGUAUUUACGAGGGAUAUGCUGGGCAAGAGCGGAGAGUACGGCAGCUACACCACAAGAGCCAACGUGUUUGCGAGAGAAGGCCAGUUCUUCUUCGAGGCCAAGGUCAUCAGCAUCGCCCCGCCUGGGAGAGAAGACCCAAACCGUGCACUUGCCGAGACACAGACCGCUGAUAGAGGCGCAACCAAUCGAGGCGGUCUGAGAGUUGGGCUCUGUCGGCGCGAACAUCAUUGGAGCGAGAACAUGGGAACCAAUGCGUACUCAUACGCUGUCGUCUUGAGAAGUGGCAGAGCGAAAGAGUAUGGGAGCGUUCGUUUUAAUACCGGCAUGCACCACAUGCAGGGCGAAGGCGGGCAGGAUUUUGAUGAUCUGUCGCCUGGUGAUGUUGUUGGUCUCAUGAUCACCUUGCCGCCGCUUGAGGUACACAAGAAGGUUGUUGAUGGCACAUUUAAUCCAGCAGAGUAUCCUGAGCUCAAGUGCGGUCCAGCCGUGAUCAAAAAGAAGCAGGGUGCUGGGAAGAAAGCUUCUAAGAGCGGCUUGAAGUCCAAGGACGGUGCCGACGGUGCUAAGACCAGAGAUGACCUUGUCAAGAAGGCCAGCAAUGCUCGUGCAGAGAUUCGCGCCACGCUUACUGCAGUGUCUGGGUGCAAAAUUCCUUCCGAUCACGAUAUCAUCCGCGACCGCAACCCGUUCCUGCAUAAGGGUAUGACCUACUUCGAAUGUCCGGAAUACACACCGAACCCCGAUUUGAGUCGCCCGACCUUGAACGCAAAGAACAAGUCCAUCAACCCCGAAACUGGGAAGAGGUAUGACCUCUUGACCGAAGCUCAUCCUAACCACGAACUUCCUCAUCUGCGAACUCUCCCCGGCAGCAAGAUCGAACUGUGGGUCAACGGCAAAUAUCAUGGGGUCAUUUGGGAACAUCUUUUCGCCUUCUUGCCGCCGGCAUCUUACAUUGAUAAAGGGAGCCGGGUCGCGGCUGCAGGCCAGAGCGACGUUGAUGACGGCCUGCUUGGCUACUAUCCGGCGAUUAGUCACUACACUGGCGGUGCCAUUGAAUGCAAAUUCGACGGGCCCUGGUGGUAUGGGUACGACAGAGAUGGCCCACCACAUCCAGCUGCCCGUCCCUUUGGUGACCGCUACAAGGAGCAAAUUGUCGAAGACCUGGUGAGCGACCUUGUUGAUGAAAUUUACCAAGAAAAGCUGCACGGUGAUCCAGAGUGGAUGAAGAAGCGCGUGUUGAAUGCACCAGUGAAUCUCCAGCACAGCUGA